CGCGCCUCGCUUCCCAAAAGUUCCCCUCAAUCCCCCUUUUCGCUGUUUGUCGACAUCAAAUUCCACCAUCACACGCAGAAAGACACAGGCAGAGACAUAACCCAGCCCUUGCAUAUACUGUUGGUCACGUACUGCAGAAUGUCUGAACAGCCCUCUUCUCCUGUUGCUGCCGCUGCUCCUGCUGCGGCUCGGUCCGAUUUAGCGCCGGCCAUUGAGUCAGCUCCAGCGCCGCAGCCUGAGUUAGUUCCCGCUGCUGAUCCACAGGAUGGUGAUGAGAGUGAAACCGACUCGGCUGUUGGCGAUGAUGCGGCGAGCUCCACUGCUUCCAUCACCUCUAGCAUCCUUGAGUACCGCACUAUUCAGGGUCGAACGUUUCACAGUGAUAGACAUCCUACCGAGUACUUUACUCCCAACGAUGAGCAGCAGUCUGCAUCCAUUGACAUCAACCAUCACGCUUUGACGCAGCUUCUCAGUGGAAAGCUCUUCCUUGCCCCUAUCAAGGACAGCGUGCAGAAAGUACUCGAUGUAGGAACUGGAACAGGUAUCUGGGCAAUUGACUUUGCAGACGAAUACCCUGAGGCUGAAGUCAUUGGCUCUGACCUCUCACCCAUUCAACCUAGCUGGGUUCCUCCCAAUGUCAAGUUCGAGAUCGACGACGCCACCCUCCGCUGGACAUGGGACAACAACACCUUCGACUUCAUCCACAUCCGCUAUCUCUUCGGCGCCAUCAAAGACUGGUCAUCUCUCUUCAAGGAAGCGUACCGCUGCUGCGCCCCCGAUGGCUGGAUCCAAUCCGCCGAAGCAGACGUCCACAUCCGCAGUGAUGAUGGAACCACUGAUGAUCUCGACUGCUUGAAGCUCUGGGCGAAGCUUUUCACUGAAGGUGGCGCUGCGCUUGGAAACCCCUUCUUCGUGCAGGAGGGCGAUUUGCAGGAGAAGGGCAUUCAGGCUGCUGGGUUCACUGACAUCAAGAGCAUUGAGUACAAGUUCCCUAUCGGCGGUUGGCCCCGUGACCCUGAACUCGCUUCGGUCGGUAAUUACGUCCGCGCGACUCUCGAGAACGAUCUCGAAGGCUACACCCUUCUUCUCUGGAAGACCAUCCUUCAGUGGCCCGAGGACGAGUAUCAAGUCUUCCUCAUGGAGAUGCGCAAGUUCCUCAAAAACCGCAAGGUCCAUGCUUACAUGACUGUCCGCUACGUCUACGGUCGCAAGGCAGAAGCUACUUGAGGACUUCUUUUCGAACUGUUAUAGAAAAGAUCAUUUUUGGGAGGCCAUUUGUGUUUGAGCAUGGAAUGAGAAUUGGAUAACGUCUAUGGCAUGCGUAUGAAUAGCUGUUUCCUAGAAUGUAAAUUUGCAUUGCAUUCGCCUCGCUCCUUCUGUUUAAUCUCCCUUUCCUCAGUAAGGAUCAAGGAUUACAUAGCAAAAGAGCGCCUUUCACUCC